AUUUUUUCCUUUGUUUCACGACAUACAAAACGGACACAAAGUCCUGCAAAAUGAAUAAUUUUUGAAAAACGAUUUUAUUAUUAUAUUCUAAAUUUCUCUCUUCUCUCUCACCUUUGCAUUCUGGAAACAAGAGAGAAUCAGGUACGAGAAACAACCUCAGAAACUGGAGAGAGAAAACUAAAUUAAAGAAGAAAACGGUUUCUUCACAAUUUUAGGGUUCAUAUGUGGAAUACAAUGAUAUUUUUGUGAGACAAUUUUGUGAUUUUCUUCCCUUUGAUGUGUUGAAUCCUUGCAAUUAUAUAUCAACGUUGCAAACGGAAAGCUUUGAUUUUGUCUAUAGGGUUAUCUUCAAGAAUUGGUUGAUCUGUUGUUGGGUAUUUUGAGUUGUUGAUCAUGGUUGCCACAGCUGCAACUUCUGCCUUUUUUCCUGCUCCUCCUUUACCUCCUGAUUCGGGGUCUAAACCUUCUUCGACAAAGCUCAGUUCUUCAAAUUUAGAUGGCUGUGGUAUCAAGUCCAAAUCUGUCUCAUCUGGGGGUGUAAAGCUUAAAGCCAAUGCACAAGCUUCUCCUAAGAUUAAUGGUACCAUGGUUGGUCUUUCUUCAGCUAUGGAAGGAGUGAAGCUUGGGGAAGAUACCUCAUCUCCUCCUCCAAGAACAUUUAUCAAUCAAUUGCCUGAUUGGAGCAUGCUUCUUGCUGCGAUUACUACCGUAUUUCUAGCUGCUGAGAAGCAAUGGAUGAUGCUUGACUGGAAACCUAAGCGCCCUGAUGUUCUUAUUGACCCUUUUGGUUUAGGGAGCUUGGUUCAAGAUGGGUUUGUCUUCAGACAGAACUUUCCUAUAAGGUCGUAUGAGAUUGGGGCGGAUCGGACAGCUUCUAUAGAAACGCUAAUGAAUCAUCUGCAGGAAACAGCACUCAAUCAUGUGAAAUCCGCUGGCCUUUUAGGCGAUGGCUUUGGUUCAACUCCAGAAAUGUGCAAAAGAAACUUGAUUUGGGUGGUUACUCGAAUGCAGGUUCUUGUUGAUCGUUAUCCAACUUGGGGAGAUGUGGUCCAAGUUGAUACUUGGGUUAGCUCAUCUGGGAAGAAUGGUAUGCGUCGUGACUGGCUUAUUCGAGAUUGCAAUACUGGCGAAGUUCUCACUCGAGCCUCAAGUGUAUGGGUAAUGAUGAAUAAACACACGAGGAGGUUGUCAAAAAUGCCUGAUGAAGUACGUGGAGAAAUAGGGCCCUACUUUGUGGUUACGCCUCCUGUGAUUGAUGAGGAUGGGAGGAAGCUUCCUAAACUUGAUGACAAUACUGCUGAAUACAUCCGUACUGGUCUUACUCCUAGAUGGAAUGAUCUGGAUGUCAAUCAGCAUGUCAACAAUGUUAAGUACAUUGGUUGGAUUCUUGAGAGUGCUCCUCAGUCAAUACUAGAGACCCAUGAACUCUCAAGUAUGACACUGGAGUACAGGAGGGAGUGCGGAAGGGACAACGUGCUGCAGUCCCUCACUGCAGUCUCAGGUGCUAAUGCUGAGGGCCUCCAAGAUUCCGGGAAUGUUGAAUGUCAGCACCUUCUCCGACUCGAGGACGGAGCUGAGGUUGUCAGGGGAAGAACUGAGUGGAGGCCAAAGCAUGCUAAGAAUUUCCGCAACUUGGGUCAAGUUCCAGCCCAAAAUCCGUAGUGAGCGUCAUGACUCAACCUGUGCAGAAUCAGUUCUCGGUUAUGGAUUUACAUAAAAUUCGCUUCCCUUCUCACGGUGCUCCUUUUUUUGGUGUUUUCUCCCUUUGCCUAUAUGUUAUUUAUUUAUGGGGUUGUGCUGAAUGAUCCUUCAAACUUUUCCCCAAUGUAAUUAGCCUAAAUAUGUUCUGUAUCUUCCUUUACCUUUCUUAUUUUCCGUUUGUUAAUGGUUAUGGUAAGACAUAAAGAAAUCAGAGAUAUGUUUGGUUCUUUAA